UUCACGGCCAUUUUCCAACACUGGUCAGCUGGUUUCACGUUGCCUCUUUCUUCCCAGUUGGCCACUGUUUUUUUCAAUUUUAGUUGGUAUUCCACCGGGAGGAGACAUCUAAAAUGGCAGGAAAGUACGAAAAGCUACAGCAGCAAUUCCUGUGCUGCUAUCCGGUUAAUAAGAUGGCCUGGUCGUCGGUGAAGCUGCCAUUGAACUGGGCGGAGCAGCAGGAGCUGAUAGCAGCCACAUGUGGUCACCCAUUGAAUAAAAGCCAUCCGGUGCGCCGCAGCUACCUGGAAGCGUUCCUCAAGCAACUGAUGCACCUGCUGAAGGAUCAGGAUGAGCUGCACGACGAUCUCUACGGAAACCUGUGCGGCCGUAUGGCAGAGAGUCCAAGUUCCGGCACGGCCUAUGCCUACAAACACUAUCUGAUCCAGCCUGGAGCACAAAUUACGCUUCGGGAAUCAAACAGCUUUGUGAGCGAAGGAACCACUGGGCUCUGCACUUGGGAGGCAGCCCUGGCCCUGGCAGACUAUAUUCUGCAGCACAAGGAUGUGGUUAAAGGCAAGAAUGUGGUUGAACUCGGGGCUGGUGCCGGUCUGGUGGGAAUUCUGCUGAAAUUACCUGCCCUGGAACUGCACACUGGACAGGUGCUACUCACAGAUGGCAGUGAGCCAUGUGUACAGCUGAUGCGAGAAAAUAUUGCAUUGAAUUUCGAUACCAAAGACGAGGCGGGGGAAGUGCCUCAAGCGGAGACUCUACGCUGGGAUGCAGUGGCCAAGUUUCCUUGGGAAAAAUACGCCAAAACGGAUCUGCUUCUGGCAGCGGAUGUUAUUUACGAUGACUCCCAGUUCGAUGCCCUGCUAGGAGCACUGGAUUACUUGUUCAUACAGAGAAGCAAUCAGCUGGAAAUGCUUCUGGCCAGUACAGUGCGGAAUGUGGAUACACUGCACAAGUUUAUGACGGAAUUGAGUGCCCAUGGGUACAAGGUGACACCCUGUGCGAAUGUAUCAGCCUGUGCCAGCCACUUUUGUCGCGAUCACACCGCCGCCGUUCAAAUUAUCUCCAUCAGACGCUAGUUUAGUCCUAAAAUAAACCGACGGCCAGCUAAAAACAACAAAACAAACACUAACUAUCUGGAUCUCACUUAAGAUCUUAAUUGUUAGGCUAUUUGGUUUGUGCUUAGGUGGCCAAUCUCCAGGAUUUCGCAUUUAAUACACUCUUUCCAAUGACGUUUCUCCAGAUGGAUACACAGAGAUAGACUGGAAGGCAUGACUUCUUAUCAAAAGAUUGCACAAUAUUACCUAAUCGAUUCCAUGCAUCGAGCUGCAUCGAUAGGGCACGUGAUUAAAUGAUUAAUAUAUAUAUUUGAUAUAUUUUAGAUAAAAAAAUUCAAUUAAAUACUGA